AUGCACCGCCCAACGGAUGGCCGGUCACAGCAGCCGUUACUCAAAGAUGAUCGGGAGGGUCGUCCCUCCCGAUCAAGCUUCGGGAACGAUACAGAAGGCCGGCCUAUGUUGCACCACCACACCCGCCGCCCUACCAUCCGGAGUAAAAGCCCGGAACACGACGCCGCCCAAGCGACUCGCAAAAAGUAUAUGAUUGCAUCGGGAUUUCUUCUUCUCAGCCUAGCCAGCUUUGUUGUUCAGACAGAAACCGCCGUCUACAUCCAACAUGAGUUGGGAUGGGACAAGCCGUAUUGCAUGCUCUAUAUAACUCACGGUUCCUGGGCAUUACUCUGGCCGGUCCAGCUCGCCAUCCUGCGAAUCCAGAGGCGCAAAAUGUCAUGGGAAGCAUUCUGGCGCCGUCAUGUCUUCCUCUUGAAGACUACUGCCCAGAUGGUAGAGACCCAGGAUGUCCACCUCCACUCCCGUUCCUACCACCGUUCGCCGAUCCCAUAUAUGUUGAAAACCACUGCUUUUGUGACCAGCGCGCUCACCAUCGCGGGAGGCUCAUGGUACGUCGCUGUCAAUUUGACAACGGCUAGUGACUUGACAGCUAUCUACAAUUGCUCGGCUUUCUUCGCAUAUGCCUUCUCGAUCCCUCUUUUGAAAGAGAAAUUGUUCGGCAUCGCAAUAAUUGGAGUCCUUGUGGUCGCCUAUGGAGACCGCCCCGACAAGAAGGUUUCAAAAGGUGGAACGACAAAGGAUGAUACGGAGGCUCAUAGUCGGCUCCUGGGCAACAUUGUGAUUGGUGUUGGGAGUGUUCUAUACGGCCUGUACGAGGUGCUGUAUAAGCGUUUCGCCUGCCCACCAGAGGGCACCAGUCCCGGCCGUGGCACCAUCUUUGCCAAUACAUUUGGUAGUUUGAUCGGCUGCUUUACCCUCUUGGUUUUGUGGAUUCCCCUGCCUUUUCUUCAUUAUCUUGGCUGGGAAACCUUCCGCUUCCCUACCGGUGAGGCCGGGUGGAUGCUCCUCAUCUCCAUCGCUGCAAAUGCUACAUUUUCCGGUUCAUUCCUGGUGCUCAUCUCCCUCACCUCCCCUGUACUUUCGUCAGUUGCCGCGCUCCUGACGAUUUUCCUCGUUGCUCUUGUGGACUGGUUCCGCACAGGCAUACCCCUCUCAUUCGCAGCAAUCAUCGGAGGCAUCCUGAUCAUGGUCGCAUUUUUCCUGCUCAGUUGGAGCACGUACCGAGAGAUGAGCCAGGAACGCAAAAAGCAUCUGGAGAACGACCAGGUAGAGUCGGACAGCGACGAAUAG